AGACACAGACGGCGAAUCAGCCGCGGCUUAUCUACCAGUUAAAUGUGAAAUAUUUUGUCUAUUGAGUGGUGACAUUUGGGGAUAACGCGGCCGAAGCUGUUGUUGAAUGUUAGAGGUUUAACUCCGGUGAUAGAAAAAGCAGCCAGGCCGUGAUCCCGUGGAGAAGGAGGACAGAAUUUCAUCAGGCCUGAGUGGUGGAUGGCUGAAUGUUUUGGAGAGAGGUUCCGUGCGGGGUAAAAGGACGACGAAAAUAGGGACAUUCAAACAGGGGGGGAAAUGCAGCGGAGCUCGCUCCUGUCGGCGUGGUUCCGGCUGGAUUCGUUUUGCAGGCUGUUUGGGAACACUUACAGAGCCUACUCAAGAAUGUGCAGUUUUUAGAGGGGCGGAGACAAGCUGGCUUUCCAUCCAUAGCUGAGGCUGUGUGUGCGCAGCUCGGCCGUACGCUGCCCUACUGUACGGGCUGUCUAAUUAAGUUUACAAUAGGAGACAACAAGGGCUUCCUCUCGGUUCUUCUGGGCCAUAAUGGGUGGAACGGUUUUCGUUCGCAGAGACUCGUCACGCAGCCCGGCGCGCAUUGUUUAACCUGCAGCCGAACUAACCAGAAUCGUCCGCGCUAAAGUGACACUGGGACUCGGAGCAAGUGACCCAGCUAACAUAGUUAUAAAUGCGGCUGCCUUUCUGGUUUGUUUGCUUUUUGUUUUUGGAGAGAAACGCGGCGCUGCAAGCGGCAGGACGCGCUACGUUACACCGGCCGGAUUUUCCCCCUGCGCGUAAAUGUUAAAGAGCACCUACCGCGGCGCGAUCACCGCGGGGUGGCCGUGAAAAGUGGACCGUCUGGUUUGUUUUCUCCAUCCACUUCCAGCCUGCAUGGAACAAAGUGUGCUUUCUGUCACAUAACCUGCGCCUCGAGGUGGAUCCGGGCUCCGGUUUUGUCAGCGGGGCUUUGUACGCGGUAGCGUUUGCAACUCGAGGGUCCAGCUUCUCCCGAAACCAUGAGGACCACCGAGGAGACGGAGGGCUUUGACGGCGAGGCCUCCAACACUUCCAUGAUCUCCGGGGCCAGCAGCCCCUAUCAGCCCACCACCGAGCCCGUCCAUGCGCGCAACGUCCUAGGAGGGAUACGGUGCGACGUGGACUACCUGAAGUCGUACUUUGGGGUUUUAAAGGUGGUCGAAGUGGUCCUAUCACUCAUUGGAUUCAUCUGCAUAGAGACCAUCAUGAUGUGUUCUCCUUGUGGAGGGGUCUACUUCUUUGAAUUUGUCAGCUGCAGUGCCUUCGUGGUGACCGUAGUCCUCCUCCUGAUCUUUUUUCUCAACCUCCACACCAAGGUGCCCCAGGUCAACUGGAGCCUCACGGACCUGGUUAACACAUCCGUCAGCACCCUGUUCUUCUUCUUGUCGUCUCUCGUGUUGGCCUGCAUCAACCACAACACUGCGGCUGAAAUAGCGGCAGUGAUCUUUGGCUUCCUGGUGACAGGUGUGUACGGAGUGAACACCUUCCUGGCCGUGCAGAGGUGGCGCCGCGGCAGCGGGUCCCAGGGCGCGCCCCAGACCAGCGAGUACAUCCGAGCCCGCACGGCAUCCCGCGGAGAAAUGGAGGCGCGACCCGAGCUCGCUUGAGCGCCGGCAGAACGAGCGCGCACACUUGAGAGGAGGAGGAGGCCACGCCACUGGCAGCUGACUGAGACGGACGCCGCUCUGCCUUCGGAGCAGCGCGACGGAACUCCAGGUCUUGUGAGGAACGGCCAUCCCGGGUUCACUACUCGCUUUUUGACUUCUCAUCACAACACUUCAGACUUCAGUCGGUCUCGAUUACGUAGCUACAAGCGAGCUCAGUCGUUGUCGGCUGCUCCUGGUGACACAUAAGGACACACACACAAAAAAAAAAAAGUGGGAAAUGAAGGUAUGCUUUGUAAAAACAUUUCAUCUGCGUAUAUUUUCAAACUGGUAGAGCCACAAAAAAAAAAAAAAAAAAAAAAUCAAAAGUCAGACUCCACUUCAACCCUCCAAAGUGUUGUUCUGUUGCAGCUGUUGAUGAUUUUUCUUUCACUGUGAAUGAAGUAGAGUCAAAGAAGGUCCGCUUUUGUACAGCUUUGUGUCAUAUAUGAACUCUGCGGGAAGAAACGUGACCGUGCGUCCAGAAAACCGCCGGACCGUCGACGUAACAGUGACCUGCAGUAAAACAGACUUCCUUCCUUCGAGAUGUUCUUUUGAGAGAUUCUACACGCUUACACAAAAGUAGGUUUCUCCUUCGUCUUGGCUAACUUUACAGAUGCCCUUUAACGCGCCACUGUUUUGAUAUUUGCUCUCAGAAAUCACAACGGCACAGGACACUUCUUAACUACUGCAAUAGAGACGAGCCGCAGCCUCCGGCGUACGGCGGCCGCAGUGUUUUGGAACGAGUGAAAACGAUGCAACACAAACUGCGUCACUGCUUUAUUCUAGACUGUGUGUAAACUGCCCCCACAAAAAAAAAAAACUAGCAUUCCUUAAAAAAAAAAUUCCUUUUGAGAUCUGUGUGAGGUCGACACUGUGAGCUGGGAACAGGUUAUAUCGAGUGAUGAUAAGGUCAUUGGUAUCGCAUUCCUUUUUUGCACAUAUUUGCAGCUUCAAGCAACACAACAUGGUGACAGUGUUGGACAGACGCCAGGAGCUGGUCUAGAACAAUGACCCCUGGGCUAGACACUGUAUCUCAGGUACUGACGCUCCUUUAAUGUUAAGAAAAUAAAUAAAAAAACACACAUUUGAAAUGAAAUCACAGGGUGCCUCGACCUGAACGCUGUAUUUCCUAAUGCCUUCCUAAUUAUUAGACUAUUAUUAGAGAGUGGGGACAGACAGACGGUACGUUUAGCGGCGUCAGAGUUUUCCCUCUGUGGUUGGUUGACCUUAAAUAUUUGUAUAUGUAUCUACAGUAUAUUAUCACACACUUCAUGUAUUAUGAUAUCUCUAUCAUUCCACAUUGCAGCUGUUAUAAAGCCUGUUGUAAUGCCUCUUAA